GGCUGUUGUUGAACUCCUGAAGAAUCCCAGUGUCCUCGCCACAUUCAUCCGGGGCGACACCAGCGAGGCUCUCUCCUUCCACGCAAAAGGCCUUCCACAUGUAGGGACAACCAGAGACAAGCUUCUCAUACGUGUCAUGUGAUCUACCGAUCCAGGCCAAAUAGACGGCAUGGGUGGCGGGCGCAUCGUGACAUCCGGAGUCGCCAUCGUUCAGCCUUCGCAAAGACCGGAUGCAGACGCUGAUUACACAUUUGCCCAGGUCAGUCUAGAUGAAGCAAAAGUAUCUUACGACGCCAUCUGUGGGAACAUUCGGAUGGGUGUUGGUCCUUUCGCAAUCAAUAAAGGUCUGUUGGAAACGGACAAUUGGAGAGUGAUAAGGAUCUACAACACCGGAACAAACGCGGUUCUGGUUGUACAUGUUCCAAUCGACUACUCAACUGGGCGAGCACUGGAGAAGGGCGAUUAUUCCAUAUCUGGAUGCCCUGACACGGGCGCUUUCAUUUUGAUGGACUCCUCACAGAGAAUAUUGCCUACUAGCAAUCCUUUAGAUUCUCUCAAGUGCAAAUUUGGCGCAGUAGAUAUCACGUACCGUGAAGCUGGUAAUGCCAUCGCCUUCGUCGCCGCGCAUGAUCUCGGCAUCCAAGGCAACGAGGCAGUGAGCGCCAUCGACAGUAAUUCUCAGCUCAACACUCGCAUUCGAGAAGUCAGAGGACGGACCUAUGAGAAGCUUGGGAGGUGCAACGACUGGAAACAGGUUGGUGACCAGUCCCCGAUGCUACCAAUGGUUGCCUUGGUGUCGAAAGCAACCUCAGAAGAGGGGGAUGUCCAAGCGCGCUUAUUCCUUGAUAAUCAUUGCCACCCAAGUAUGGCUGGGACAGGAGGUGUCUGUACGACUGCUGUCAGCCGAAUUGAAGGCCCAGUCCUUAAUUGUCUGUUGAAACCUUCUGCAUUGGCUCGUAGCACUCUCCAAACCCAACAUCCUGUGGGCCAUCUCCCAAUGUCGAUCGAGACCAGAGCUGGGGGACAAGGGGGAAAGCUGCCGACUUUCAGGGUCUUAGGCUUUAUACGUACGCACUGCAAAGUAUAUUUUCCAGGGGCAGCUAUUUGUUCCCAGCGAUAUCUAGGAAACACAAUCUUCUUGGCUCUUGUCUAUGAAAAAAGCAUGAUACGCUAAAGAUGGGUCAACUGAUACUGAGGGGCGAUGAGUUGGGCUGUUUGAGAAGACUUGCUACGUAUGUAGGUCCCGGUCCUGUGCAAUGCUUCUACGCCAAAUCUGGAUCCAGCGUAAUAUGUAAAUGCUGAGCAGGCACAUAGAAGUAGGAUUAUACCAUUUGGGCCCCUGCUACAAGAAAUUCGGGUUUCUUUGCAGAGCAGUCUCCAUGACGGCGGUAAUUGCUUCGCAAUCUAC